AUGUGUAACACUAACCCUAGUGCCGUGUUGAUUCCGUAUGGGUUGAAGGUACCCAAUCCAACACCGUACAUGCCUUUCGGUUCUAACGUCUCUCAGAUGGCACUGGACUUACAGCGGGCACAGUUUUAUGACUAUAGCACCCGACUUCAAUACGGUCUUCGGGCAGGUUAUCCCAACUCCCUGGGUCUGACACCAUACCAUGCUCAUCCCGGGACCGACCCGUACAUGCACCCGUACCUGUACAAGGACCCAAGAGCGCGUUAUAUACACGAGGAACCAAAACCUAACCAUAGCUAUAUAGGACUUAUUGCCAUGGCAAUUCUGAGCCACAGAGAUAAAAAGUUGGUUCUUAGUGACAUUUACCAAUGGAUAUUGGAUAACUAUGCUUAUUUUCGCACACGAGGUCCAGGAUGGAGAAACAGCAUCCGUCACAAUUUGUCACUGAACGACUGUUUUAUCAAAUCUGGACGGAGUGCUAACGGAAAGGGACACUAUUGGGCUAUACAUCCCGCAAAUCUCGAAGAUUUCCAAAAAGGAGAUUUUCGUCGAAGGCGUGCACAGAGGAGGGUAAGGAAACAUAUGGGUUUGUCUGUACCAGAUGAUGAAGAAAGUCCCAGUCCCUCUCCUACUUCAACAUCCAUUACCUGGGACGAUAACGAACCGAUUUCUCUAGAAUCUGAAGAAAAACAGGAUUUGGACGGAGCAAGCGACAAACCCGAUAGCGGUAUACACAAUCCGGACACUAUAAAUUCGAUGAACGUUGUGGUAGUUGAAAACGCUAUCAAUGGUCACCAACAAACAAGAUCAAAGAAAAGACUUUUUGAUGUGGAAAGUCUACUGGCACCCGAUAACUUUGAUACUAAACGUCAACGUCCAGACGAAACAAGAUUACGGACGAUGGACCGCAAAUCGGAUACUGAUGAGGAUAUCACUUUGGAUGUUGGGACAGACAGCCUACAAAACACGGAUAUCGAAUCCAAUCACUCGCCAAAGGACUUGUCAUUAUCAAACUCAGAAACCUUUAAUGGAAAUACUGAUAAAGAAAACAUCGCACGUGUGACAGGUACCACUAUCCCCACCCCAGGGGAAAGGUAUGGUGACGUCACACCCAUUGGAGAUAAAGACAUGAUUCGACAAACAAGUAUGUUAUUUACUACAGGUGGAAAUGACAGUGUCUGGAAACAUGGGUGCAAGAACUUCUCGUUGAUGGCAUCCCGACCGAGCGCUUUCCAUAAUGCCAGAAUGUGUUCGUGGGGGUCAAUUUCACCUUAUCUUGCAACGUACCCACUGGUCAGUAUGAAGGGUCACUACCCUCUCGUGAUACCGAGGUCAAAUGUUAGUGUGGACACUGCACAAAAGUGGCAGGAAACUGUUGCCCAAUUGACCACGAACAAUCAAGAAGAAAAGACAAUGUCGUCGGAUGAAUAA